GGCCGGAGCAGUGAUUGGCUGGCGGUCCCAGCCGGCCGCGGCGGGCGAUCCGAGGCUGGCCUAGGCAGGCUGCAUGGGGAGGCGGCGGUGCCGCGCGACCGGGGCCCUGCCCCAGGCCAUCGCCACACUGAGUCGGUCGCUGCCCGCCGGGCCCAGCCCCGAAAUCUUCCGCCGCGCUAAGUUCGACCGUCCGGAGGCGGCCCCGGUGCUCUGGCAGCUCCUUUUCCGCGUGCUCGCGCCGCCUGCUGCAGACAGCACUUGGUCCUCUCUGGCCCCAGAGGCUCAAGCCCAAGUGGUGAAGUCAGCACUCCAUUCCCUGGGCUACCCCAGGCCUGUGCUUGCCCAAUUUCCUGAGGGCAGCCGGGAACUGCUGUUGGCCCUGUCCUGGCUCCUGGCCCGAGGACCUCUUCUUGAGCAGCUGCUGGAUAAGACCCGUGUGCAGUUGGGUGAUCAACUGCCCCAGUUUGAGCAUGAGGCCCUGGGCAGCCUUGGCCCUCCUGUACUCCAUGUGGAAACAGAGGGCCCUAUGGACCUCCGGAGAGUGCAGUGGCUGAUGGGAAAGCUGAGGUUCCGGUGGCGGCACCUGAUCUCCAGUCAGCAGGAGCAGUGUACCCUCCUCGGCAAGAUCCAUCUGUACACCAGUGGAUGCCACAGCCACCAGAACCUUGGCCAUCUAUCUGUCACUGAAACAGAGAUGCUCAGGGACCCAGAGAGCAGUCAGCAGCUUCUGCAGGCACUGGAGUGUGAGAACACGCGCCUGGAGGCAGCUCUGGAGUGGCGGUGCUGUGAGCUGGUCUUCUGGCAGUGGAUGGACACAGUUCUAGAUGCCUGUCCUGUCGAAGGUCCUUCUGUGGCCUCACAGCCCACAGUCUUGCCCAUGAUCUCUGAGCAUGGGCUUGGUGAGUUGGAGCUGAUAGAGCAGGAGCUGCAGGCCCUGCAGGAGGAGCUUCAGGAGGUGGCUGAGUCCAGGCGGGCUGCAUGGGAGGCUCAGGUUAGAGGCCUAGGUCGGGGGCCUGAGUGGGGUACCACAAGGAAAGCCUUGCAGGAGUCUGUGGAACGGGAGCUGGCGGCCCUGCAGGGGUCCUGGGAACAAUCCAGUCGCUCAGACCAACUUCACAGGCCCCACCGACUGGUGAGAAGUAAGGAGGGGGCACCGGGUCCUCAAGGCCUACGGGCAGCUGAGGUGAUCAGGAUGCUGAGUGCCCAGGAGGCCUGUCUGAAGAGGAUGCUGCACCAACUACAGAGUCAGUGUCAGCAGGAGCUGGCCAGGUUGUCUGGUACCCUACCUGACCUGAUUUGGAUCCUGGCCCCCAGACACUGAAAGCCUUAGGGUAUGUGCCCACCUUGUGUAGAGGUCUUCUGGGUCUCAGAGGAGCUGAGUGGCUCCUCAUGGGUGCAGAGGUCCAGGCCCUCUCGGGGGGUCCAGGCCAUGUGUUCCCUCUAGGGCCAGCAUCCUUCAGCCUGCAGUUGUGUUGUGGCUAUGGGCUGAUCUUCCUGAGAAGUAUCUGGAGGGGACCUAGAAAUACAUGAUAGAGCCCUCCCUCCCUGGGACACCAGCCUGCUGCCCUCUUACCCUUUUCCAAAGCUUUACAUUGCUGGGCAUGGUGACACACACCUGUGAUCCCAGCACUCAGGAGGCAGAGGCAGGUGGAUCUCUGUGGGAUCAAGGCCAGCCUGGUCUACAUAGUAAGUUCUAGGCCAGCUGGGGCUACAGGGAGAUCCUGACUCAACAAACCAAACCAAAUCAAACCCUAUAUGCCAAAGCCCUUUCAACUCCCUCUUUCUGGGCCACCCGCACAGGGUGCAUGGUUGGCACUAUGCUGGAAUCCCACGUGUCCCACAGCACAGAAUAUAUUGGGACCUGGGGAGGCAGGUGGCAGGGAAACCCAGGCCUCUCCUGAGUGGAAUGGCCCUGACCAGCUUCCUGCACCUUUUCCCUGAACCCUGGCUAUGUGCCUCCUCCUGGCAGAGCAGCAGAGCUCCCCUCCCAUUCGGGUGGUAGAUGUGUGUGUGGUGGUGGGCCAGAUGGGAGUCUUGGGGGCUCUGCCUGGGAGAGAGGGGGAGGGGAUGCUGCAAUGCAGACUGAGGGCCUUUGUUCUGGAGGCUGCUGGGCGAGCUUAGUCCUCACAAAGCUGCCUGUGUCCAGGAUGUGCUCAUGGCCUGGUGGGAUGGAGCUUUCCCAUCCCUGUCUUCUAGUCAGUGGGCACAGGCAGGCCCUAUGGUCUCCAACCCUGCCUUCCUUCCUAUCCCUAACUCCAAACACUGGUCUUACACUGGAAAGGUGGUAAGAACCCAUUGGGCAGCCUCCAGCCUCCUGCUAGUCCAGGCCUGAGACUACUUCCAGACUCUGGGCACCUUGCAUCCUCUACCAGAACAUUCUCCUUUGGGGUUUUCUGGGUGCCUGGCGGUGGUGUGUGCUGCUGUGACAGCCUAUGUCUGAGGUGACAGCUCUUGUGCCGGUGGCCUCUAUCCCUGAGGCUGGCACCAUGCUGCUCUGCUCUGGACCAAGCACUGUCUUAACAGGUCCUCCCUGACUUUCAUGGACAUAGCCCCAAGAGUCACAGAAGCCUUGCAUCUGCCCCUGGGCUGUUGUACCUCCUGGCCUGCAGCCUCUCCUCCUGACAGCUGACCCUCCCCUUCUUCAUGUGGGUUCCAGCUCUGGUCCAGGGACCAGACUCCUGAAGACCCUCUGGGGCCAUCUCUCCAGCUGACUUCAGCUCCUCGUGACUGUGACUGAGACUAUGAGCAAGUCUACUUAAUCUCCUUGCCUCUGAAAACUGCGCUGACAUGGGACUUCUGGUAGCCCUCUGGAAA